ACUGAUGACCCUUCCCAUCUACUUCUAGCACCUUAAAACAUGGAAACUCAAACAGUUCACAGGAUCUUCAGAGGCGGUGUGACGUCCUUGGUGUUGGUGGCAUUCAUGGCCACAAUUUCAGUUGCUUCACUGGACAGUCAGACAUACAUUGUUCACAUGGAUGAGUCCAAGACGAAAACUUCCAAUCCUUCUGGAGCUAAUUCCAAAGAAAUGUUUGAAGAAAUGCUUGAUUCAAUCUCUCAACUGUCCACUGAUUCUGAAGCAACACCACCUCCUCGCCUACUUUAUGCAUAUGACACUGCAAUCUUUGGUUUUGCUGCCAAGCUUUCCCCUAUGCACCUAGAAUCAAUAAGAAACAUGGAAGCUUUUAUCGCUGCCAUUCCCGACAGAUCAAUGCGCCUCCAUACCACACAUACUUACCAAUUUCUUGGCCUAGAACAGGGUAUAGGACUCUGGCAUGCUUCAAAUCUGGAGUCCGAUGUGAUAAUUGGCGUCAUAGAUACCGGUAUCUGGCCUGAACAUCCCAGUUUUCAUGACUAUGGUUUUGGGCCAGUACCAACUAAAUGGAAAGGCGCUUGUGAGAGCGGUACAAACUUCUCCCCAUUAAACUGCAACCGCAAGCUUAUUGGUGCCAGAUACUUCUUCAAAGGAUACGAGGCCAACAAUGGCAAAGUCAAUGAAACCGCAAAUUUUAAGUCCCCCAGAGCAACAAAUGGUCAUGGAACUCACUGCGCAUCAACCGCUGGCGGCAAUCUUGUACAUAACGCAAGCUUUUAUGGGCUAGCCAGAGGUGUGGCGGCCGGAAUGAGGUACACAUCAAGAAUCGCGGUAUAUAAAGUUUGUUGGGAAGGACCUCUCGAUUGCUCUGAUUCUGAUAUUAUGGCCGCCAUUGAUCAAGCAAUUAAAGAUGGAGUGGACGUAGUGUCCAUUUCAUUAGGAUCCGUAGAAGGAGCCGCCCGGUAUUUUGAGGAUUCCACUGCUCAAGCAGCAUUCGCUGGAAUCCAACGAGGGAUCUUUUUUUCACUUUCGGCCGGAAAUGAAGGCCCGCGUACUGUUGGCAACACUGCACCAUGGCUCAUGACGGUGGCUGCAAGCUACACUGAUAGGAGCUUCCCCACAAUAGUCAAGCUUGGAAAUGGACAAAUUUUUGAAGGUAUAUCUUUGUACUCUGGUAAAUCAUUAAAAGAAUUGCCAAUUGUGUAUGGACCAACUGCAGGGAAAAAAUUUGCUCAGUAUUGUGCUCCGGGGACACUCAGCCCAAAGCUUGUAAAAGGAAAGGUGGUUGUUUGUGAACAAAUAGGAGGAUUUGACACAUAUCAACAAGCAGAGUAUGUGAAGUUGGUAGGAGGAGCUGGCACGAUCAUCUUUCCUGAUAAAGGUGAAAUCCUUACUACUUAUCCUUCCAUGUUUCCAGCAGCUUCCGUGGGAGACUUGGCAGGAAACGCCAUAUUAAGUUAUUUGAAAUCUACAAAAUCACCUACAGCUUCACUAACUUUCAAAGGAACCACUUAUGGAAAGCGUGCACCAAUGAUGGCUGCCUUCUCUUGAAAUCAGGCCUACAAAAAACAGCAGGUGCUUUUUAUUUUUUUGGUAGAAAACAGCAGGUGUUUUGUGGAGGAAAUUGAAAUGUGAUUUGAAAUGUGAUUUGAAAUUCGAUCUGACAUCUACAGAGCAAUAGAGCAGUUUUUUCAAU